ACAGUCUUGUGUAUUUUUUAGAAGAAUGUUUUUGGCAUCAUACAAUGCUUCAAUAGAGUCCUACCAACGAAAUUAGGAAAGUGACCUGCGUGAUUGGACGCUGACGCAGCGCAAAUUUUACUUGGCUAUUCUGGCGAAUUGCGACGGCUGGGCUAGUUUGUCCCAGUGAUUCCAUGACCUCCAGUCAGCGGUACAGGGUGCGUGCACCCAAAAACCAUCGGUUUCCAUCGCCGUGACCCAUGGAAAGGGAAACUCCAUAGUGAUGGCUAUCACAGAGGCGGUGCUCUAUAAAGAAUAGCGCCGCGUGUGGCGAGGGUCAGUGUGGUGGGCGCGACAGUCCUGUGGUGACCUCUUCGUCGCUGUCGUCAUGGUGAUGAGCUUUGGACACGACCGGCCUGCAGUGCACGUCCAGCUGUGGCUGCUGGCGAUAGCCGGCUGUCUGGCCGGUGGUUCUGCCGAUCUGUCUCCGCUGCUGUCUGCUCCCACCGCCCACUACUUCAACAGCAGCGGGCCCUCCCUCCCCUCCAACACCAGCGGGCGCAGCUGGCGGGAGCCGCGCGCCGGCCGGGUGCGCCGCUUCAUCUACUUCCCCGAGGGCUCAACCAUCACCGUCUCCGUGGACUUUGUGAUCCCGCUGGGUGACUCGGGCGCCUCGCUCACCUUCUCGCCGUCGAUCACGUUCACGCCGACCACGAUCGCACGUGCCACGUACGGCGAGCACGGCCCCGGGGCGCGCAGCUUCGCCGCCGACCAGGGCCGCCUGUUCGACACCAUCCAGGACGGCUUCAAACAGGUGGGUCUGGACGGCAGCGCGUGCCUGCAGCGCCUGGUCUGUGAGGUAUCCGGAGCACCGCGCCACCAGGACGGCCUGCUGGGAGAGGUGGUCAACACCGUCCUCCUACAAGACUAUGCCGAUGUCAAUGAGAAUAUGGUGGGCACGGACCUCACUGUUUUCAAAAACUCAUCAAGUUCAUACGACAAACCAAAAAAUUUCCGUUCGGAUGACGUGAAGGCAGCUCGGUUGCACGGCAGCUCACAUGGCAACUGUUCAGAGAGGUUCAGCACGUGUCCAGUCUCCAUGUUCAACAUCUUCUGAGACUGGAAUGAAAGACGCAGAGCUUCAAAGGUCGUUUUAGAUGAAUUUACUUAUAGGUUCAAACAAAACGGGUCGUUGUUAUGUUGUUAUAGCUUGCUCAGACGUGUGAGGCUUGUGUUGUUUUGUUACUUGUUGAAACGCUGCUAAUAAAGUUAAAAAAAUUA